AUGCAAGACUGCGUCCUGUGUCCUAUCAGUCAGUCUACAACAGAUGUCCCCUUCGGGGUGACAUACGAAAAAAUUGGAACGAUACAGAGAAGAUUAGCAUGGCCCCUGCACAAGGAUGACACGCUUUCCCGGAGUGGUAGACCUACGGGUCUCAAUAUUUAUUUUUGA